AUGUUGACUUGUGCCAGGUUGAAGAACAAACUUUUUUUCAGUCCGCUAUCAGCUGCAUACCAGGUAAACUCUCUAACAGUUUUUCUCGAUAAAUAAUCUGGUUAUCCGAGACGUGACUGUGGACAUGCCUUGUAAUUUUCAGCUUUAAUAUAUGUUCUCUCAGCUGUUUCUCUGUUUUUCAAAGCUUGCUUAUAUUUAAGCUUACUAUCUGCAGAGUAUUGAAGUUUACAUAACUUGAAAAAGCCUUUCUCUUAUCACCUUAAAGAUUUAUUGGAUCCUGGAAUUAGGUCUAUAAGUUAAAAGCUUAAUUGAUUAUUAUUAUUAUUAUUAUUGGUUAAAAAUGGGAACAAAUCUCAAACAUAGAGAGUGAAAACCUGGUUGCUCUAGUUAUUUCACAACUAUGUGCCUCAUUAUGUGGAGAUAAAGAGCAGUUGCCUAGGGGUUUUAAUAGUUUAGAUGAUGUCUGGUAAUCAUACAUUGUUCCUAUGGGUAGUUGUCUUUCUCAUGAAGCCAUGUUGAGGUAGAGUAGGGGUGGUACAUCCCCCAUCUCAACGUUGAACCAUGUUGUGUCACAACAAUAGGGGCAUUAUCAAUUUACUGCAAGUAAAAUCUCUUAUGUUUGGCCUGAAGCGCAAUGCCAACAAUUUAGUUGCUCACUCAUCUGAAAAACCACUGAUGUUGCAGUCAAUUUUGCUUCCAAAUUUAAUGCUGUUUUUGAUCUAACAUCCUGGCUGUCCAAUUUUGAUUAUAACUCAAAUGCCAGAUUACAGAAAAAACUGGACUCUACCCAGUCCUAAAGCAUAAUUGAUUAUUAAAGUUGGUCAUUUAAUGUCAAAGGUAGCAGCACAGCGCUUUCUGCACCGAGAACCACUGCAUCCAGAAUGGAAUGAACUGGCCAAGAAACAACUGAAAGGUGCUGAUCCUGCGAAGAAACUGACAUGGCACACACCAGAGGUAAUGGAACCAUGA